UGCACCAUGCGCCUCCCCUGAGUGGGUUUGGAAUUAUCACCGGGAGUUCGUUUUAACUCUAAAUUAAUUUAUUUUUCACAACACCUGACCCAAAUCGGAGCUCCUUCGAUAUGAUUUUACUUUGUUUGAUCUUUUUCACGGACAACCGCCGCCGUCGUUGCCCGCCUAUAAAGACGCUUCGGAACUACACAGCAUAUGGACCAAUAUAUCAAGGAACAAUGGAGGAGUAAAAUUUAACAAAAGGGAGCUUUUUUUUUUGCAUCCUGCUGGAGAUACUUUUCAAUGUGGGCGUUUAUGGAUAACAUGAUUUUAUAUCAAACUGAAUGAUGGCAUCACGUUGGGUUAAUUCUGGUGAAGAUGAUGAGAGACAACAAGCAAGAUCUUCUUUCUGCGAGAAUGAAUCUCCAGAGUGGAGAAACUUGGCUGAUUCUCCUCCAGGGCAAUACCCAACAGAAGAGGAGUUCUCAUGGCCAAGGCCUAAAACCGUGCGAUUGCGUCGAACCUCCCAAGGGUUCGGCUUCACCCUGCGCCACUUCAUCGUGUACCCGCCAGAGUCAUCCGUGCAUUGCUUCCCGGAGGAAGAUCAUGGCCGUAGAGGGAGACCUCGGAAUAGGCUAGAACCCAUGGACACCAUUUUUGUGAAGCAAGUCAAGGAAGGUGGCCCCGCCCACGGAGCUGGUCUUUGUACAGGGGAUCGAAUAGUGAAAGUAAAUGGAGCAAGCAUCAUCGGGAAAGCCUAUUGUGAGGUUAUAUGCUUGAUCCAAGAAAGUGGGGACUUUCUUGAACUUUGUGUGAUGCCAAAAGAUGAGGAUAUUCUCCAACUGGCCUACUCCCAGGAUGCCUACCUCCGGAGCCAAAGCAGCUUCAGUGGAAAUGCCCGUCACAUUCCUGAGCCUCCUCCAGUAUGCUAUCCCAGAGUAGACUGUAAGCCUCCGGGCAUGGCCCAGGCGACAGACUCAGCUGAGCAGGUCUGCCGAGGGCCAACAGCACCUCCUGACCAUGGGUACCGCAAGGAGAUCACUGUGCCUCCGUCUCCUCCUCCUCAGUCAUAUCCAAAAAGCCAGAUGGCAGUGUGCAUGCGCAAUGAUAGCGUGAGGACUGUGGUUGUUCCCCCUGACGUGACCCAUAUGGGGCGCAUGGGACCAGCACACAGGAUGGAUUAUAUGGACCCCGCCUUUCUCAGGGGGAGGCCAGGGUCACUGGCUCAGUAUCCUCACCCUCGAAAGGCUGAUGUCUACCCCAGUGGUCCAGGAGGGCUGCCGUACGGCAGUCAGACACCACAUUACCCAGCCAACCAUCAAAACAUUGAUUGGCGCACUUACCAAACAUACAGGGAGUACAUUGACAACAAAGGAAUCCAUUCCCAUGGCAGUCGGACUAUCCAGGAGAGGCUGGACAAUUUGCGAGGAAGUCAGGCCUCCUUUGGCCCUACUCAUCACAUUCCCCGGGGAGACUGGGUCCCUAAGGGGAUGCGACGCAGGAGUACCUCCCAUGAACGCUCAUACCAAGGACCUCCACCCCACUUUCAAGUUGCCCCACGCAGUGCUUCACAGGACCGUAUGAGCAGUGCAGAGAGAAUCAGCCAAGCCAGGAACUGGCCUCCUCGCAGCAUUUCCACGGACGGCCUACUGCACAAAACCCGGGCUCACUCCACAGACUACGUAGACCCUGCAGAGCUAGCUCGCCCCAUUGACAGGAGAGCCGGGUAUGGAAGGGCAGACCAAGGUACGAGGCCAAGCAGACAGUCUAUUCCCAGACAAGCCAUGCUUUACAGGCCUACUGUUGGAUACAGUAGUGGCAUGAGGGGGCCACCUAAUCCUCCUCUCUAUCCUAAAGGACCAGAUUCUCUUCAGAGCCGCUCCUCGCCCAUGCUUUCAGAAAGACUGUCACAAUUUGGAAAGAGCCCAAGUGCUGAACAUUCUUUUGUUGACCAAAGAGUUGCAGUAAAAGGAAACCAUGUAGGCCGCACUACCCAACCAGGAAAGAGCAGGAUGCGGGCUGAAUCCAUGCAGCCUGUUGAGACAAAUAGAGACCCAGCAUUGGUAGGACACCGGUCUUCUUCGUGCUCCACGCCCAAACAGAUGCCUCAGAGGCCUAGCAUCCUCAAACCACCUCCUCCAGACUCCCAGAGUCAGGUCAACGGACGAAGUCCCACAGAGACUGGAGUCAUUCUGAGGGAGAAGCCCCCCUCUGGAAAGAACCCCAGCCCUCUUCGGCACCCUUCCUACAUCCUGGCUGUAGCUGACGAUGGACCAGAUUCAACAACAGAUGUGGUGGCGUGCUGGCUUCCCAAUGAUGCACGACGAGAGAUUCACAUCCGCCGCCUUGGGGAACAACGUCACACCUCCUGCUCAAGCAACCUGGACGAGUCUCUGGACUUAAUUCCAUUCAUUGACGAGCCAAUCAGCCCCAGCGUUGACCAGAACGCCGCUCCUAUUCCACCCUCUGCUGUCAUAUCGGUCGCCCCAUCAAUAACUACAGGACCCUCUAGCCCAGGCUCAACAUGCCCUCCCAUUCGUCGCCAGCUAUCACAUGAUCAAGAAUCUCUUAGAAGUGCACUGCUGGAGUCUGAAUCAGCUGGCAAAACCGAGCGCUCCAAGUCCUACGAUGAAGGUCUAGACAACUACCAGGAGGAAAGCAGAGGAUCUUCCAGUAAGCAUAUGCCUAGUCUUAGGGGCUUGAGAAAGGCUCUGGAUGGUCAUAAAUCUUCUGCGGAUUCUGGAUCUCGAAGGGAUUCAUCAUCCGAUGUCUUUGCUAAUUCAUCCAAAGAAGGGUUGUUGAAUUUUAGGCAGCUUAGUACAGAUAAAAACAAGCGUGUUGGUGGUGGAAUGAGAUCAUGGAAGCAGAUGUAUGCAGUGUUACAAGGUCACACCCUCAGCCUCUACAAAGACAGAAAGGAUGCAGUGUCUCAUGCUUCCACGCCAUCUGACGAGGACCCACUGCGAAUCAGCAUCAAGGCCUGUCUGAUUGACAUCUCUUAUAGCGACACUAGACGCAAGAAUGUGCUGAGACUCACCACAUCAGACUGCGAGUAUUUGUUCCAGGCAGAAGGGAGGGACGACAUGCUGUCCUGGAUCCGGGUCAUUCAGGAUAACAGUAACCCUGAUGAAGAGGACGCUGCGAUGAUAAGUCAGGACCUGAUCAGUCGAAAAAUCAAAGAAUACAACAUGAUGAGUGCACCUAGCAGCAGAUCUGAACCCUCCCCCAAAACCUCCCGUCAGUCCCUCAGCAUCAAACAAGCCUUUCUUGGAGGUAAAGCAGACGGCAAGAGCCACAGUCCUCAUUCGCCCAAACCAGGAGAGGAGCGGCGGGCACUGAGAGAUGACUCCAGUCCACCAAGGGACAGAGCUGCUUGGAAAAUCGGCAUUGCAGGGAUCAUGAGGAAGCCCUUUGAGAAAAAGACUCCAGCAGGGGUGACAUUUGGAGUGCGGCUUGAUGACUGUCCACCUGCUCAGACUAACAGGUUUGUUCCUCUGAUCGUGGAGGUGUGCUGUAAGGUGGUGGAGGAGAGAGGCCUGGAGUACACAGGCAUCUACAGGGUCCCUGGGAACAACGCUGCCAUCUCCAGCAUGCAGGAGGAACUCAACAGCAAAGGCAUGACUGACAUCGACAUCCAGGAAGAUAAAUGGCGGGACCUCAAUGUCAUCAGUAGUUUACUAAAGUCCUUUUUCCGAAAACUUCCAGAACCUUUGUUUACAAAUGAGAAGUAUGCUGAAUUUAUUGAAGCUAAUAGAACAGAGGACUCAGUGGAGAGAUUAAAGGAGCUCAAAAGGCUGAUUCAUGAAUUACCUGAUCACCACUUUGAAACUCUGAAAUUCCUCUGUGCUCACCUUAAAAGGGUGUCUGAGAACUGUGAAAAGAACAAGAUGGAGCCGCGCAAUCUGGCGAUAGUGUUUGGUCCAACACUGGUCAGAACCUCCGAGGACAACAUGGCCAACAUGGUCAACCACAUGCCAGACCAGUGCAAGAUAGUGGAGAAUCUCAUCCAGCAAUAUGAAUGGUUCUUCACUGAUGAAUGUGAUGAAGACCCUGUUACCACAGCUGAGCAGGAGAGCACAGUGCAGUCUCAGCCUGUGCCCAAUAUCGACCACCUGCUCUGCAACAUUGGACGAACUGCACCUUCUCCGGGCGAAGUCUCAGAUUCAGCAUGUAGUGACUCCUCCAAAUCAAAGCAGAGCUUGUGGGGGUCAGGGAAGGAUCAGUGUAGCAAAGAGAUGCUGCGCUCCUCCUUCUUCGCCAGCCGCAAGCGUAAGAAGCCCAAGGACAAAGCUCAGCUCAGCAGUUCAGACGACGACCUGGACUCUGUGUUCCCCAAGAAGGAGCUCCCUGAGGAGAGCCAGCAGCAGCCCCCGUGGUCCCUGGACAGCCGGACUGAGGAGGAAGAGGAGGGAGAGGAGGACGAGGGAGAGCUGGACGAAGCCAGGGAGAAAGAAAAGCACAGGAAUAGCUCGGAGGACCAGCUCGACGCGUCCACCAGGAAGGAGUCUCUGAGGUCACAGCCCUCCCCCUCUCUGCCUUCAGAGCACAUGUCCUCCACUCUUCAAUCCAGCUCCCCCUAUGCCUCCCCCUCCCACUCCCCUAAUCUCAGCUACCGCAUACCCAUGGCUCACCAGUGCUCCCUGUCGGACCCUCCCUCCAACUACGACGACACAGUGUCCGACCUCGGUACGAUGAACAGCACCAGCUCUCAGGCAUCAGUGCCUAGAAUGAGGCGGGGCAGGGUGGCAGCUGCCGGUCUAGAGGCAGGCCCCAGCGGGCUGGGUGCCGAGGUGUGCUCCAUCACCUCUGACUACUCCACCACCUCCUCUAUGACGUUCCUGACCGGGGCCGAGCUCAGCACCCUCAGCCCUGAAGUGCAGUCUGUGUCUGAGAGCAGGGGCGGAGACGACGCCGAUGACGAGAGGAGCGAGCUCAUCAGUGAGGGCCGGGCCAUGGAGACGGACAGCGAGAGCGACCUGUCUGUGUUUACAGUUGGGAAAAAUGAUCAGCGGGAUCUACAAGAAGCCCCCCGGCCCCUUCCCUCUCACAGGCUCAUUGAGUGUGACACGCUGUCCAGAAAGAAAGCAGCUCAGCAGAAAACCAACAGCGAGUCUUCACUGGAGGGAGCGUGGAGCGAUAAAGAUUCAAACAGACUGUCACGUGUGCUGGGUUCAGUCAAAGGUCGCUCCACAGGAAGCCUUAGCUCGUCGUCUCGCGGUGAAUUAGACAAGGCAGAGCCUGCAUGGAAGCUGAAGAUCACUGACAGGCUGAAAGUGCGUCUGCGGAUGUCUGUGGACGACAUGUUUGGCGUGGGCAGCCAGAGGAGUCGCUCCCCCGAGGGCCGCAGCAAAAAGAAGAACAUCAGACGCCGUCACACUAUGGGAGGGCAGAGGGACUUUGCCGAGCUGUCUGUUCUGGGGGACUGGCCACAGCACAUUGGUUCAGGGUCCCGCUCAGAGCUGUCAGCUGUGGACCAGCUGAAGCCCAAAUGCAGCUCUCAAGACUUCUCCAUCGGGGACUGGAUCGCCCGCGAACGCCACCGCACCAGCAACCCUGAGGUCAGCCUGGACCUCUCUGAGCAGCAGGGGGCGCUGUGCAGAGCAACCUCCCAGAGCCUGGGAGCCUCGUCCUCCUCUGAACUCUCCCAUCGAGGGGCUGAUGUGCUGAACGGGGACGUCCCACAGAGCAAAAAUCUGAGCCUCUCUGCCACCGCGCACCCACACAAACUGUCCAGCUCCCAGGUGGUCCACUCACGCUUCUACCAGUACCUGUGAGGAGUGCGUGACGGCGUGUGUGACUGUGUUUUCUCUGUUUGUGAGAUGUGUACGUACUUGGGAGUCUGUCAGUGUACGUCUGUUGUGUGACAAGUGUCAGUGAAUGAGCAUGUUGUACAAAUAUCGUCUGGAGUGCGUGUCUGUAUUCAGUGUGCUUGUGAAAAGUGAUUUUCUGCACACAGGGAUCGCUGAUGUUGCUCAUGUAGAAGCAUGAAACAAAAUGUUUAUAUAUUUUUAAUUUUAGUUUAGCUUUUUUGACAAAUGACUGGGAUGGCUGAGCAGGAGGACUACCUCCCUCCUGAGUAAAAUCCGCAUUACGCUGAGGACAGAGAGGAGCUGGGGCUCAUGAACCGAUGAGCCUGUGAAGUUUGUGUAAGGAAGUGUGAACAGUGACACCAGAGUUUGAUUGUUUCAAGGUUUCUCAAGUGGCUUUCAGGAUGAACUGACUUUUAGAAUGAAUAGGAAAAAGUUGAGAUUUUUAGUAUUGCAGAGGAGCUAUUUUUGUGUAAAGAAAGUUCUGAUCAGAGUCGGUGAGUCUCAGUAACCAAAUGAAGAAUGUACAGACGUGCUUGCUGUAAUACUGACUAAAAGCUUUAGAUGCUUGUAUUUCAUUCUAAAGUGUAGAUAUCCCUAUUUUUCUGUGUACUACUUGAAAAGUGUUUUUGGUACAGCCUGUGUGUGGACUGCCUACUUGCUCUGCUGUCAAAGGGGCCUUUCCAAAGGUACAAAGGUGAAGAGGAGACACUGGACUUAUGCAAAACAGAAAGAGUUCUUAUUCAUCCGGGUUAUGUGGUUUCAAGAGCAGUGAACAACUUCCCUCUGAUGCAAAUGUUCUUCAGUUCAUGUGUUAGUGGUUCAGUCAUCAGAGGAAGAAAAAAGUCUAAAGAAAAAAUAUGGGUAUCUGAUCAGAAAAUCAUGUUUCUUCACAAUAGGAAGUGCCUCACAAUGAAAUGUUAAGGGUGCCAUAUUGUCUUUGUUGAGACAUGAAGAUGUUACUGUGAAUGACAUUUUUUUUAUUGUCAACUGUCAUUCUACAGAUUGUGUAACAAAAUGCCGAGCUUCCAUUCCUUAGGCAUUCCACUCUGGUCUUAACAUGUUUUUUACUUUUGUUUUCUCUCAUUUUUUGAUUUUAACAGAACUUGAAUUUUAAAUAUUCCUUGUAAAAUAAGUAACUUAAGUGUACAUAUAAAUGCCAUGUUUUAGCUGCUUUUACUUUUCAUUUCCAUCAGAUUGCAGGAUUGCGUACAGUAUUGUGAGAUGAUGAAGAUGCUCAUGAGGCCUGUGUGGGUGUUGUGGGCUGUUUGGUACUUCUCA